AUGUUCGAAAACCUCUGCACCCUCCCGCUGAACUCAGACCUGUUCACCCAGGCCGUCCACCCGACCGAGCCCCUCCUGACUGUGGGCCUGUCCAGCGGCCAUGUUGAGACCUUUCGAAUUCCCUCGUCUGACAAUGGCUCUGAGGAGGACGCAGACGAGAACAGCAGCAUCACGAGCGGCAAAGGUUUGAUCAAGAGCCUCUGGCGCACGCGCAGGCACAAGGGGAGCUGUCGCAGUCUGGUCUACGGCCAUGAUGGGCAAGCCGGCACGGACUCCCUCGUUAAGCACUUCUCCCCGACCACCGGCCAGGUCGUUUCCAAGAUCACCAUCCCACCACGCCGAGGUGACGAUUCCGACGACCCUGCCAUCAUGCACGUCCUGUCACCCCAGAACCUCCUCGUCGGCACGGACUCUGGUGCCCUGUAUAUUUAUGACCUGCGCGACAAGCUGCGCGCCGAGAAGGACCCGUCUGGCAGAAGCCCUCUAGGUUCCAUGGGUGCAGCACCCGUCCGCAAACAUUUCCCCCACGAUGACUAUGUCACCAGCAUCGUGCCCCUGCCACCCUCGGCCGAGAGCACUUCGGGCUUCCCCAGACAGUGGGUGUCCACAGGAGGCACGACGCUUGCCGUCACGGAUAUCAGGAGCGGGAUCAUCACGAGGAGUGAAGACCAAGAGGACGAGUUGUUGUGCUCUGCACUGAUUCCUUCGGGCCUGGGUCCAAAGAGGCUGCGGAGCAACGCUGUCAUUGCGGUGGGCACAGGCAACGGCGUGCUGACCAUCUGGGACAGGGGCUCGUGGGAUGACCAGCAGGAGAGGAUUUAUGUGGCGGGCACCAAGAACAAGAAGGAUGGGGAGAGUUUGGACUGCAUUGCGAGGAUGCCUGACGAGCUGGGCUGGGGCAAGAAGGUCGCUGUCGGUGUGGGCGAUGGCAGCCUGGCGGUUGUCGACCUCAAGGCGAGGGAGACGCAGGCUGUGUUGCGACACGACGACGUCGAAGGCGUGGUGGCUGUGAGCUUUGACUGCGAGGGCCGCAUGAUCAGUGGCGGUGGGAAGAUUGUCAAGGUGUGGGCUGAGGCUGAUGGCAACAACGAGCAUGAGGAGGAGUCGGAUGAGGAGGCCGGCAGUGCUAACGGAAACGGGAAGCGUGCAGCCGACAGCGACGACUCGGACGACGACAGCGAUGCUAGCGACAGUGACCGGCCCAAGCCCCAAAAGAAGAAGCGCAAGGGCGGCAAGGGAGGUCAGCCAGCUGGAGGCAUUGCGUUCCCUGGUUUGGACUGA